GCAGUCAUCUUAGAUAGCCGAGCUCAUGGAGGGCACGAGGCUGCCAUGUCCGUUGGGCCCCCAACGUGUGCUCAUUAUACGCACCGUUUGCGACGCGUCACCUCAUGGAACAGUGAAAGGCUAUGCUUGUAGCGCAAACGGUUCAAACUUCCGCAUCAUGGCAUGACCGCUUUGCAGGCGCGUGCACGAAUGCCGAAAACACGCUCCGAUCGUGCAUCACCAAACACGCUUCCGGUGCGCUUUAGGACCUGACCCGUACGGGAUAAAACAAGAGACCCCUGUUCUCGGGGCCACCACUUGUUGUUCCCAAACUACCACCAUCACCAUGGACCUCUGGCCGGCCACUGAGCGCGGCAACGCCGCCCUCACAGACGUCUUCGCCUACAUAUCACGACUUAGCCUCGAUGACAUCGACACCCUCCAGUCUCGUGUGCAGGCCGGUGACCCCGCUCUCUCGGAUGAGGAGCUCGCCAUGGCUCUCUUUGCGGAAGAAGCGGCUGGUCUGCUAAACGUCGCGAAGGGGCACGCCGGCCACUCUGCACGCCACCGGCCUAUCGUCGAGGAGCUCGAGGAGAUAGAAGCAGCAGCUCGGUACGACCACCUUGUUGCGCUCGCCAUUUCCGAAGGCCGCCCUAUACCUCCGAUGCCCGCACUACCGCUCAGGAGAACCAUUUCCGAGCCGGACUCAGACUAUGGCUCCGGCAGCAUAGGCUUCGCCACUUCCGACGCCGAGGCGUCAGAUUCCGAGUGAGUACAAGUU